AUGAAAUUCCUGCAAGUCACUUCCCUUCUUGCGCUGCUUGCAGCGUCGGCCUCGGCCCUGCCAACGUCUCCUGCUACAGACGCCUUGAAAGCUCGAACUGCAGCAUUGAUGGGGGCUACAAAGCGUGAAACGGACAUCUACCACGCGACAAUCAAGCGCUCCCCAGAGACUGACAUUUACCAUGCCACUGCAAAGCGGUCUCCCGCUCCAGAGACUGACAUUUACCACGCGACAAUCAAGCGCUCCCCAGAGAUGGACAUUUACCACGCCACUGCCAAACGCUCUCCUGAAACGGACAUCUACCAUGCCACCAUCAAACGCUCUCCAGAGACGGACAUCUACCACGCCACCGCCAAGCGAUAA